AUGAUGAAAGAGCCUGAGAAAAUCAUGAAAAAGAAUAUCUUAAAUGGACAAAUUAAAUACUAAGUUAAAUGGAAGGGCUUUGAUGAAACUACAUGGGAAUCUGAUGAAACUAUGAAGAAAUACAAAGAACUCAUUGAAGACUAUAAUUAUUUCUCCUUGACUGGUGAAAGAUAUGAUGAAAAAAAACUAGAAGAAAUCAGAUAAUUGACUGUUCAAUCACAACCAAGAACUGCUAUCAAAAGAGUAGCAAUGCCCAAAUUAAUGCCCCCAAGUGAAUUAAACAAAAAAGAAAAAAAAAUAGAUAAAAUUGAUAGCAAACAUGUUGAAAUUAUAGACAAUCCUAAAAAUGAUUUACAACAGGAUCAAGCAAAUAUACUCUAGUUAUCCAAUACUACAAUCAAUCUCACUGAAAUAUCUAAAAAAGCACCAUAAAAAUUAGCAAAUUCCAAUGACAAAUUAGAAUCCAUAAAAUUGUAAACUGAUGAAAAUAGAGGGUUGUUUUCUCUAAUUUGGAAAGAGAGAUCGGAUGGUAUUAGACCGUAUUGUGAUGAAUACAAUUAUGAAGAUUUCAAAAUUUAAGCUCCCUUGUUUUUUAUUUAGUUUUUUGAAACCUGUAUUUUUGAAUGUUAAAGUUAAAAUGAUAUUAAAUUUGAAAUUCAAGGAUAAGAUAUCGCUGAAAGAAUUUAAGUGUUUAAAGAUAUUUUAGAAAAAAGAGAUUAGGAUAAAAAGUAAAGCGAAUUCCAAUAAUGA